AUGAGCUCCAGCACUCCUGCCUUCGCCGUGGACAUCAGCCUUGUGCACUUGUUUCGUGAUGUUGAGAAGAAGUUCGAGGCAACAAGCCUCAGCACUGAGAGCUGGUACAUCUUGAUGGUAGCCUGCAUCGUGGCGUCGCCAGAUCCGGAGCUGGCGGCUCAGCUCUAUAUUUAUUUGCGAGAGCAGUACUAUCCAACUGCCAAGUCACGCCAAGGGCUUAUGCGACGCCUCCGAGAGGCCUUGGUCAAGUGUGUUGCCAUAAUCGGCGUAUGCAAGCCCAUCGAGGCUGUUGUCACUAUCAACGAGGUUGAGAACGACGAGGACAAGGAUUAUACUAGCACACGAAGAGAGUGGCAAUGCAACAAAGCAAAUCACGAGAAGGGAAUGGAGUCAUUCGAACGCAUCUACGCGAGCUCGGAAAAGAGACUGAAGAGUUUUGAUUCUCAUCGUGAUUUCGCAUGGCUUUCGACGGAGAUCACAUACGGAUUAUACCUAUCAGACCGACAGGUCUUGGACGAGAUUGAUUCAGAACUGGUUGUACUUCCUGCGAUCAUGAUGCAGAAUUUGAGGCGAGAGACUCAAUGGCAUAUCAAAGGUGCUAGACGCCUCGGGCUAUCGAAAGAGGAUAUGCAGGUCGUGUGGGACUGUGUGCAUUCGAUCGCUGGUCACUUUGGUGUUCCUUUGAACAAACUGCCCACUAUUGAACAAGUUGAGCACAAUAUCUGA